AUGAACCGGCCGCACAUUCGUCACCCGCCCUGGUGCGAGGCCCGGGGCCUCUGGGCAGCGGCUGAGGCCACGGACGGUGGUUGCCGAGGUCGCCUUCUCACAGAGCUGGCCGCUAGCCACCCCUUAUCCGGGGCUUCGCCCCCCUCCCAGGCGAGCACCAUCACCCUGGGGGACCUGGGGCUCUCCCUGGAGGAGGAGCUGGCCAGCCCCGGGCUCUUGAGUCUGGAGGAGAUCUCCGAGAGGUAUGAGUCCUGCCACCUGGCGUCUGCCACAUCCGUCCCCGAGCAGGAUCCCCCUAAGCCCUGGAAGCAGCUGGAGCAGUGGGUGGCCGACCUGCAGGCCGAGGUGGUGUCCCUGCGGGAACACGGGGACCGCUGUGAGCCGGCCAUGCUGAGCCUGCUCCGGGAAAUGCUCCGGCUGCGGGCCUGCGUGCAACUCCAGGACUCGGAGCUGAAGAAGCUUCAGCAGGACCUACGGCGGGUGGCCCGGGCCCCCGAGAAGGAGGCCCUCGAGUUUCCUAGCCCCCAGAACCAGACCCAGAUGCAGGCCCUGGACAGGAGGCUGGUGGAGGUCCGGGAAGCCCUGACACAGGUCCGGAGGAAGCAGGCGCUCCAGGACUCUGAGCGGAAGGACACCGAGCAGGAGGCCAGCCUCAGGUUGGCCGAGCUGGCCGGGAGGCUGGAGCAGGAGGAACAGUCCCGGGAAGCGGCCUGCAGCGGUCUGCAGAAGAGCCAGGAGGAGGCGAGCCAGAGGGCAGACCUUGAGGUGGCCAAGACGCAGGCCCAGGUGACCAAGCUCGGGGAGGAGAUGAGCCUCCGCUUCCUCAAGAGAGAGGCCAAGCUGUGCGGCUUCCUGCAGAAGAGCUUCCUGGCCCUGGAGAAGAGGAUGAAGGUCUCGGAGAGCGCCCGGCUCAAGGCGGAGGGCAGCCUGCGGGAGGAGCUGGACAGCAGGUGGCGGGGGCUGCAGGAGCUGGCCGAGGAGCGCGUCCGGGCCCUGCAGGGGCAGCGCGAGGAAGCACGCCGCCUCCUGGAGCAGUGCCGGGGCCUGGACAGGGCCGUGGUCCAGCUGACCAAGUUCGUACGGCAGAAUCAGGUGUCCCUGAGCCGCAUCCUCCUGGCCGAGCAGAAGGCCCGGGACGUCAAGGGGCACCUGGAGGAGAGCCGGGCGGGGGAGCUGGCCACCUGCCUGCGGGAGGACCUGAAAGCCGUGCAGCUGGCCGGGGAGCUGGCCCAGCGGAAGGUGCACAGCGCGCUGGAGCUGCAACGAGAGAAGAGCCGGGCCCUGGAGGUGUCGCUGGCCGAGCUGGAGACGCAGGUGAAGGACCUGAGUGACCACUUCCUGGCUCUGAGCUGGAGACUGGACCUGCAGGAGCAGACACUGAGCCUUCGGCUGAGCGAGGCAAAGAGAGAGUGGGAAGGCUCAGAGCAGAAAUCCCUGGAGGGCCUGGUCCGCUGUCAGAAGGAGGCUGAGGCGCACCUGAGGGAGGUGCGGGAGCGAGUGGACAGCCUGCCGCGGCAGAUAGAGGCCGUGUCCGACAAGUGCGUCCUCCACAAGAGCGACUCAGACCUCAAGAUCUCAGCCGAGGGCAAGGCCAGGGAGUUCGAGGUCGGGGCCGUGCGGCAGGAGCUGGCCUCUCUGCUGUCCUCUGUUCAGCUGCUCAGGGAGGGCAACCCCGGGUGCAAGAUCGCGGAGAUCCAGGGCAAGCUGGUCACGUUUCAGAACCAAAUAAUGAAACUGGAGAACAGCAUCCAAGACAACAAGACCAUCCAGAACCUCAAGUUUAAUACAGAAACCAAGCUGCGCGCGGAGGAGUUGGCCAGCCUGCGUGAGAGCGUCGUGCGGCUGUGGAGUGAGGAGGGCCCGUGGGCGCUGACGCUGGGCAGCAGGAGGGUCCUCGGGUCCCUGGUGAGGCAGCGGUUUUUCAUCAAGGACGCGGCCCCGGGAGAGGCGGUCCCCAUGAACUGCUGGGGCGUGUACCAGGCCGUGAGGUGGCUGCAGUGGAAGGCGGUCCUCAUGAGCCGGGUGGCGCAGCGGAGGGCGAGCGUGGUCUCGGAGAGGUCCCUCUGCCAGGAGCCCGCCCGCCCGCUCACGUCCGCAUCCCUUUCCCGGAAAUAA